AUGAAGCUUCCCGCCGUCCUCUUCGCUUUCACGCUCGCCGUGGCAUUCUGUCAAGCCAAGGCCGCGGUGAUCCCCGACUUUCUCACGGUCAGCCUCUACAACGUGACGUGGACGCAGACCAAGGCCAAGCACAUCGGUCAAACUCAAGGUGCGCUAGGCUCCUCUGUCCAGGGCCACUUCCCAUCCAUGUCGAAAGAUCAAAUCGGCAUGGGCUGCGGUCUUGACUGGAAAAACGGCCAGCUGCACGCUGGCUUCGACGGUGGUGAUCCCAACAACGGCGUCGGUGGGGGCUUCACUUGGACCCAACACGCUCUCAGCAGCAUCGUCGGCGUCCACUUCCACAACACCAAGAUCAAUCUCAAUCUUACGGUGACGGAUGACAACGAGGUGAUCUUCAACGUCAACGGGGUGAGAUUGGAAUGGGAGAGGGUGCUGGAGCAGGUCGAGGACGAGAAGGACUCGGUCGACGUCGCUUACUAUGAUGGCGAGCCUGGACCUGUUCGUUCCAAGCCGCCGAUCUUGCCUUGA